GUUCCUGCAAAGUGCAAUAUUUGUCUAAAAUAUCAUUUUUUAAAUGAUGAAUUAAUAUUUAGACAUCGAUGGUGAUUUAUCAUAGUAUAUUUCACAGUUCUGUAGAUAAAAUGUUACAAUUAUUUUUUUAAGAUGGUGAAGAAAGUGAAGAGAAGCUAUCCAGUUUGGCAGCAGACGACCUUUUUCUGCACGAGCAGAAGUUUGACACUCAAAACGUGUUUGUCGUCAUGUGUCAUUUGGAUUUUCGCUGUCUGCGAUUGCAGACAUAAAAUUUGCUGGCUAUGUAUCGAGUUUCUUGUGCUGGUUAGAGCUUUUCCGCUGUCACUUUGCAAUUAAGUUCGAAGAAUAGAUGAUGGGAUUAAUGGAUUUUAAGAGCAACGGGAAAGCUGGACAGCGUGAAGUUGAACUUGAAGGGGAAACUCGGAUAGAGCUGCAUGAAUAUAUUUCUAAUGACAACCUGAUAUCAUCAAAAAGUUCGUCGCAAACUCAAAACAAGAGGGCGAGGCCAAAAUCUCCCAAGGACCAUGAUUUGGUUUCAGAAAAGGAAAAUGUGUUAAGUCCAGCAAAGAAACCAAAGAGGCCAAUUUUAAUUGUAAAAAGCAAGGAAAUACAAUCAUUUUUCCAGUUAUUGGAAGAUGAAGUGAUAACCGAAUUUCUUGCCCGAGACAGAUGUUUGAGGAUAUCAGACAAGUAUUUAUUGGCAAUGGUUUUUGCCUUCUUCAAACGAGCUGGAUUGGCUACAAAAGAAUACAGCAGAAUGAAUUUCUUCAUUGCAUUAUACCUAGCAAAUGAUAUGGAAGAAGAUGAUGAAGAUUGGAAAUAUGAAAUUUUUCCAUGGGCUCUUGGGAAGACAUGGAAGAAUAAGUACCCAAAUUUUCUCAAAAAUAGGGACAAACUUUGGAAGAAAAUGGAAUAUAGAGCAGUUGUUAGCAAGCAAACAUGCGAGGAAAUAAUGUCCAAGUAUGAACCAGACCAUUACAUUUGGACACGGGAUCGUCCCGAAUACCAUGCUGGUGCAAUAAGAACCCAUAAUAGAGACGAAGAUGAAGCCUAUCCACGAGGCCCUGAUGGUUCUCCACAUUUCUGUCUUCGCUGUGAUAGUUGUGAAUAUGCUUCAGAAUUCCUGGAGGAGGAUUCUUGGUAUCUGUCAUCAUGUACUGAAUCUUCACCAGAAUCUGUAGGAAGACCUUUUCAUUUGGUUCCAGGCACUGGUUUUGAUUUGGAGGAUUUGAAACUAACUCUUCAAGACGAUGAAUCAUCUUUCUGGGCUUGUUUUAGAUUGGAGGAAGAAUAAAAGGCUGAUAAGAAAGAAGUUAUCUUAAUCUGAAAUGUCAGUGUGAUUUAGCAAUUUCAAUAAGACAUUUUUUUUAGAUUUCUGACAUAGGAUGCUUCAUUGGCAUUGAGAAUGUCAGCGUCCUUGCACUUAAUUUCUCUAUUACAUUUUAAUUUUUCAAGUCACAAGAUUAAUAAGAUUUGAUUAUUUUACUUGUAUCACAUAAUGAAAAGUUGUUUUAAGGAUUCUCUCAAAAUGGAGAUAUUACUUUUACUGUGUAAUGUUGAAAAAGGGAGCUUUAAUACAUUGCAAUUUGCUUUGAAAAGCUCUACUAUCUUGAAAAGCUUUCAUCUAUACAGUCCGCAGGAUACACACAACAAGUGAUAUAUUGAUCGUUUUGAUAUUAAAGAAAAGAAAGUGCAAAUAUUGUUAAAAACAAUAUUUUCAUCACAA